ACUACCACGUGCCACCGUCAGGUGUCGCCCAUGGCGCACGCCUGACCAAUCAUCAGCCACCGCUGGCUGCGUAAAGCAGUUUAUGGUUUACAGAGUGUGCUAGAGGUGUAUGCGAGGACCCACCCAAGAAAAUAUCUCGCUUCAGACGAAGUACACGCUAAAAAAUGCAGACCAUCAAAUGUGUCGUGGUUGGCGACGGUGCCGUCGGUAAAACUUGUCUGCUGAUUAGUUAUACAACAAAUAAAUUUCCUUCGGAGUAUGUACCAACCGUUUUUGACAAUUAUGCUGUCACUGUUAUGAUUGGUGGUGAGCCAUACACAUUAGGACUUUUUGAUACUGCAGGUCAAGAAGAUUACGAUCGUCUUCGACCGUUGAGUUAUCCACAAACCGACGUUUUCCUAGUGUGUUUUUCCGUUGUCAGUCCGUCCUCAUUUGAAAACGUCAAAGAAAAAUGGGUACCAGAAAUAACUCACCAUUGUCAGAAAACGCCCUUCCUACUAGUGGGCACCCAGGUGGAUCUGCGAGACGACAACUCCACCAUCGAAAAGCUCGCCAAGAACAAACAGAAGCCCAUCUCGAUCGAACAGGGUGAGAAACUCGCCAAGGAAUUGAAAGCGGUCAAAUACGUGGAAUGCUCAGCGCUGACGCAGAAGGGCCUCAAGAACGUCUUCGACGAGGCGAUCCUCGCCGCUCUCGAGCCGCCAGAGCCGGUCAAACGCAGGAAGUGCGUGAUAUUGUAAGCCGCACACGCCACACUACAACCGGAGCGAUUUUUUUUUUUACCUAAAAACAACAAAAUAACUAUUAACACAUAACAUAUUAACGCACGGCGAGCGAGCGAUGCGGACAGCAAAGGCUUGCGCAUAAAAGUAAAAGAAACGAAAACAGAAAAGUAUUGAGCAUAUACUAUAAUAAUACUACAUUUAAUAAUUAACAGUUAGCAUUUCAACAUACGAUUUAUACUAAAGAGAAACAAAACAAUGGGGUAUACCGAGUGUUAACGAAAUAACAAAAGACUUCCCUACGAAAGCGAAACAAAUAGCACACACACAGAGAAUAAGUCCAAACACCAAUAUGUUAAGCUGCUUUUAUUUUUCAAAUCGUAAUCGAAGCCGCAAGAAGUCCAAUUUUGUGUUUCGAAACGAAUUACUAUAAAUUCUUCUAUUUGUAGUUUAGAAAAAACGUGGUUUAUUAAUCUCCUCACUCAUCUUAUACCAUGUGUCCGGGGUAUUUCUGGUUGUGGGAUAAACAGGACAGACAUUUGUAUAAACAUAUUUAUAAUUUAAUACUAUCUAGAGUUUUAGUGUGUAAUGUGUUGGCGUGUCUUCCGACGACGUGGACUUCUUGCGAAAGAAAACGCUCAAAAUAUUUACAAUGCUUAGAACAACACGAAGGUCUAAUUUCUAAUGAUGGUCAACCAACACCCUCUGUGUAUUUAAUAUUUUUUAGUAACGAGCUUAAAAAACUAUGCAUUUAAUUCGUGUGUGUAUUCGUGCGUGGAAAAUACCUCAUGUAAAACACUCGCGUCCCGGUGUGUUGUUGAUUGUAAGACAGGUGCUGAGCUAGAUACAUUUACGGAAUUUAGUACCACAUCAUCUCCUCGUGUUUUUGUUCCGGACGAUUACGAUGAUCAAACACACUGAGAACAUAAACAUAAACAAAUGGUUGCCUUCGUAUUGACAAACAAUGUAAUACAAUAUAUUAAAUUACUAUUAUUAUUAUUAUUAAUUGAUUAAUCGCGAGGAGGAUUCGGCUGGCAGGCAGAUAAGAGAGUGGAGUGGAGUUAGAUAUUUCCAUAUGAAUAUGAAUAUAUAGGAGUACAUAUUUUUAGUUGAGUCGAAAAGUUUUAAGAUGCAAUGCGAGGGUGCCUCGCUGUCAUAAUGUGUAAUUAUUUAUAUUUUACUUUAACGUUGUAGCCUUCAUUUAUACUGUUUCUUUUAUUAUGAAUUAUUAUGAUUAACUAUACUAUGAUAUGAUAUAUCAAAUUUCUAAUAACUUUUAUACCUUUAGGCGUAUGUAAAUAAUAAACAUUGAGUGGAUGCUA